AUGAAGUGGCUUGGACGGGCCAAGAAUUACGACUUGACGCCGGGGCUCGCCAGCAAUACGCCACCAACUGCCGCCACAAUCUGGCACUUAAAAGGCACUCAGGGGGGAGGAUUCCCUUCAUUUCACAGCAACUGCAAAACAGCAGACAUGGUCGACGUCGUUAACAGAAGGUGCUUCUGCCAGAGGGGGGUUCCAAGCUUUGGCCUCAAGGACGGCUUACCCACCCAUUGUGCGCAGUGUAAAACUGAGGCCAUGGAGGACGUCACGCACGCAAAAUGCCUUAAUGGUUGUGGAACAAUCGUACAGAAUCGCAACAAGGGUUAUUGUGUGCGGUGCUUUGUGUUCCUCUUCCCCGACGAGAAGGUCUCUCGGAAUUACAAGAUCAAAGAGAAGCACUUUGUCGACUACAUAAAGGCAGCAGAUAUCCUCCCAGACACGCCCCAGGUGACCUUCGACAAGAGGCUCCAGGGUGGGUGCUCGGCUCGUAGGCCAGACAUCUUCGUUGAUGUGUACACCCACACCGUGCACUCGGAGUGCGACGAGAACCAGCACUCCGUGGGCAGCUACUCCUGCGACAACAAAAGGCUCAUGGAGCUUUUUCAGGAUGCUGGCAAUAGGCCCCAAGUGCAGUUGCGAUUCAACCCUGACAGCUUCACAUCCGCAAGCGGCGUCAAGCACCCCAGCUGUUUCAAGUACAACAAGACAGGACUGCCCGUCAUCAGGAACCAGGCCAAAUGGGAAGCCAGAAUGAAAGUGUACCUUGAGCGGCUGACAUACCACCUUACGCACGUGCCUGACUGGGAAGUGACCGUUGAGCACCUGUUCUAUGAUGGUUUCGACUACCACGCAGAGGACAUGUCCGGCAAAGCUGGACGGAAGCGCAAGCGUACCUAG